AUGUCCGCCGCCCAAAAAGUACAGCAGCACCCUGUUUAUCUCCAGGCCCAGAGCAAGGCGUCAUACUACGUCAACCAGCUCGACAAGGAGCUCACCAAGUACCCCUUCCUCAACAACUUCGAGCAGCGUACGCAGGUUCCCAAAACCUACGCUGUUAUUGGCGGCGCCAGCCUUCUCGUCCUUCUUCACCUUAUCAACCCUCUCGCCGCCCUUAUCUCCAACAUUGUCGGCUGGGGCCUCCCUGCUUACCUCUCAUUCAAGGCCAUUGAGACGCCUGCCCCCCAGGACGACAUCCAGUGGCUCACAUAUUGGGUCGUUUUCGGUUUCUUCAAUCUCCUUGAGGGACUCGGUCUCCGUGUCCUGCUCUACUACCUUCCCUGGUACUGGUCAUUCAAGACUAUCUUCAUUCUCUGGCUCCAGCUGCCUGCUUUCCGCGGUGCUCAAACGACCUACGUCGCGGUCCUCAAGCCAAUCCUCUCCAGCGCUUCCGCCCGUGCCGUCGCUACCUCCACGACCGACACCGCCAAUGCUGCGCUCCACGAUUGA